AUGAAUGAAAAUUUGAAUAAUGCAUCAGAAGAAUUUAAAAAACAGCUUUUAUCUGCUGCUAUAAAAAGGGAAGUAAAAGAAAAUAUCGAAAUGAAUGUUAAACACAAACCAGAUGAUAAUAGAAAUAAUAAUGAUUUUAUAAUUUAUAUGGAAUUACACAUGGAAAAUUUGGUGAUUAGGAGAUAUAAGUUUGUCCUAGGUAACGAAUUACAGUCUCCCAUUCGGAAUAGUGUUCAGAUAACUAGGUUCCUAAUUAUGAAGAGUCAAAAUCAUAUAAUGGGUACCUGUGUAUCUGAUAAGGUAAUAUUAUGUUAUAGUAAUGAUAAUGACACAAGAAUUAUAUUGAAUAGGUUAAUAGAUGAAUUAGAUAAGAAUUAUUUUAUUACCUUAAUAUUGGAAGGUAAUUCAAACAAUGAUGAUAAUAAUAAUGAUCACCAUAAUAAUAAUGAUCACCAUAAUAAUAAUAAUCACCAUAAUAAUAAUAAACACCAUAAUAAUAAUAAUCACCAUAAUAAUAAUAAUGACCAUUAUAAUUAUAAUAAUAAUAGUCAUCAUAAUAAUCAUAUUGAAAAAUGCUUAUUAUCUUACAUAAUACAAUUUACAAUUGUUUGUAAAUACCUAGAAUGUGGAAAAUGGUUUCAUAUAUGGGAUAAUAUGAAUACAAUUAUAGAAUCAAAAUUUUGUGGUAAUAAUAAUUGUAAAUAUUUUAAUUGUCUUGGAUUUAAAUUUAAUAUGUUAAAUAGUGAUUAUAAUAUAUUGAAUGAAGAGAAAAAUGGAUCGAAUAUAUAUAUUAUGAAAUUACAUUUAAGAGUAACAGUAAAUAUAUAUAAAAUAUUACCUUUAUGUGAUAUUAAUGAUAAUAUUAAUGUAUAUUGUUUACCACGUUGUUCAAUGAAAGCAACAAUAUUGAAUAUUAUUUCAUCAUCAUCAACUAAUGAUCCAAAUAUAAAAAAAUUUGAUUAUAAAAAUUAUUGGUUAGAUAUACAUGGAUAUCUAUUAAAUGAUAUGUGUUUAGAUAAAAUAGUUCAAGUCAGAUUAUAUAAAGGUAUAUUUAAUUAUCCACAAGGUGUAUUAUUAAGAGAUAAUAUAUAUAAAUUAAAUAUACCUAUUAGAAAGGAACAUACAAUAUAUAUAUGUAGUCAUCUCAAACAAUUUCAAUUACUCAUAAAAUCUAAAAUGAAUAUUUUAAAAUAUUCAGAUACUUUACACUUUCAAAAUAUAUGUGAUCAACUAAGGCAAAAUAACAUGAACAUAAAAAAAAACGAACAUGUCGAAUUCUACGAAAAGAUUAAUCAUCUGUGUAAUAAUGUCAUAGAAGAUAAUAAGCAAAAUAAUCAAGACCAUUCUCAAAACAACAACAACAUAAAUAUAAACAUAAAAAAUAAUAAUGAUAGUUAUAAUAAUGAUAGUUAUAAUAAUGGUAAUAAUAAUAAUAAUAAUAAUAGUAGUUAUAAUAAUGCUUAUCGUACUUAUGGUAACACCUUAUUCAGUUCUAUGAAAUCCAUAAGUUUAGAUUUUAUCAAAAAGGAAAAAACACAAGACAACGAAACAGAUAAUCAGAAACAUACUAAGGAAGAACUUAGCAAAAAUAUUGAUUCAUAUUUGAAAGAAUCAGCUAUGAAUUAUAGAAUGAUAAAGAAUGAAAAAAAUACAAAUUCUUCAUAUAAUAAAGAUUCAUCUAAUCAUUCAAAUAAAUCAAAUAUAUCAAAUAUAUCAAAUAAAUCAAAUAAAUCUAAUAUAUCAAAUAAAUCAAAUAUAUCAAAUAAAUCAAAUAAAUCAAAUAAAUCAAAUAAAUCAAAUAAAUCACAUACAUCAAAUAUAUCUAACAAAUCACAUAUAUCUAACAAAUCACAUAUAUCAAAUAUAUCUAACAAAUCACAUAUAUCUAAUAUAUCCAAUAAUUCUAACGAAUCGUUUAAUUCAAUCAAUUCAAACUACUCUGAUGAGUCAUUUAAUUCAAUUAAAUCCAAUAAUUCAAAUAAUCCAGCUCAACAAAAUAUUCACAUAAAAAAUGACAUAAUUUAUGAUAAUGAUGAACAGAAUAUAUCAUACCAAAAAAAUGACGUUGCUAUUAAAACAGAAUAUAAAACGAAUACUACGGAAAAUUUAAAUAAAUAUCUAAAUGAAGUGUCACAGAAUUAUAAACAUAUAAAUAAUAAUAAUAAUAAUAAUAAUAAUAAUAAAAAGAAUAAUUAUAAUAAUUAUAAUAUUACAGAUGAUGAUGAUAAUUAUCUAAUGCAGGAUUUAGACUCAUUUGAAAGAGUUAAUGCUCAUGUAAUUCUUUCUAAAGAAUUUCAAAAUUUUCUUGAUAAUCUAGAUGAAGUGGAGUUAUAUACAAAUGAAAAAUUAAAAAUUAUUGAUUUCAAUGAACGUGAAAAAAAGAGACCACACUUACAUAUUAAAAAUUCAUUUGAAAAUAAUAUUGAAAAGAUUAAUGAAAAUGAUAAUCACAUAUCCAACAUACAUAUAGAUACAACACUACCUAUGGAUGUACCUGCCUAUAUUGAACAUAAUAAAAAAAUUAAAAAGUAA